AUGACUGAACAAAUUCCGUUACCUGGAAAGAAAUAUACAUUCUCAAUUAAUUGUUUUGUAUUUCUGAUGGUGCUUGUUAUUGCUGUGCAGGGCACCUACUUGGGUUAUUUUGUUGGUAUGCUCACCACACUUGAGAAAAGGUUCGGAUUUUCAUCGGAGAAAUCUGGCUGGCUUCUUUCGUUAUACGAUAUAGGUCAUACGGCUGCUAUUCUAUUAAUCGGUUAUAUCGGAUCUCAUUAUCACUUACCAAGAAUCACAGGAAUCGGUGUCCUACUCAGUGCCAUUUCAAUGUUUUCUCUAGCUCUUCCUGUUGUAUUUUAUGGGACAGUUGAUUACACACAAGAACAAUUACUGUCUCGUAGGGAGGCGUACGUAUUGGAAAUGAAGUGCGAUUCCUCAAACGAAAGAGAGUUUUCAUCUCAGGGUGAAGAUUGCAAUCGCGAUCAUUCGGAGCAUAUUAUGGCUUUUAUCAUACUUUCUUUGGGACAACUCUGUGCUGGAAUUUUUGCGGCUCCAUUUAACACAAUUGCAUAUGUUUAUAUAGAUUGCAACGUGCAACACAAAAGAGAUUCUCCGUUUCUUUUAGGUCUGCUAACAUCAAUGUACGCAUUUGGUCCAGCCCUUGGUUUUCUGCUUUCCUCACUCUUAACCGGCAUUUAUACCACUCUGGGAAAAGCUCCUGACAACAUUGGAACGCAUGAUGAACAUUGGAUUGGAGCUUGGUGGCUAGGUUUUGUUUGUUGUGGCGUUGCUUACUUAUUCUUAACGAUUCCAUUUUUCUUAUUCCCAAAAACAUACAAACAUCCCGACUCUUUCCAUUUGAUGCUUGAAGAAUCGCAACGACAUUAUCAAAAUGAGGAACCACAAUCAGUGAGAGAGAAACUUGAAACGUUCUGUAGAGAAUUUCCAUCAGUUCUCACAAAACUUAUAAAAAACAAAAUUUACAUUACAAUGGUCAUCGCUUGGAUGUUCGGAUCUUAUCUAAUUGGAGGAUACCAGACAUACCUUCCAAAGUUUAUCGAAACGCAGUAUGGUAGAUCUGCGAGUACAGCUGACAUUUAUUCGGGUAUAAUAUCUGUGGGCGCCAUUGCGGCUUCGACAGCUCUUGGAGGUUACAUUCUUUCUAAAUUCAAUAUUGCCCCAAGAUCAUCAUUAUUAUGCUUAGUGGCUUCAUGGAUUAUUAUUUUGGUCAGUUAUAUAAUUGGAAUGAAUCUCGGUUGCUCUCAACCGCAUGUGGAUGGUCUUUCAUAUCGGCACGAAUUUUCAACAUGGCAAUUUUACCAUAAUCGAGAAAUGGAAGUAUCUUGCAUUGAAACUUGUAACUGCCACAGUGUCAUGAAAUUUGACGGAGUUAGUGGAAUUGGAAGAAACUUUUAUUCGCCGUGCCACGCAGGAUGUACAGAUUAUGAUGUUUUCUCAAAUACGUGGUCUAACUGCUAUUGUCUCGAUGAACAACGCGUUCAACGUGGUUUCGAGCAUCCUUCUUGUGACAUUUUCUUUGCAUACUUGGCAGUAAUGCUGAUCGGAUUGUUUUUGGGAAAUCUUUUCUUUAUGGUGACUAUGAUGAUUGUUUUGAGGUCCGUAUUCGAUGAAGAAAAGGUGAUUGCUUUAAGUUUAGCAUCAUUCAUCACCAAUAUAUUUGGGUUCAUUCCUGCACCGGUUAUUUACGGGUUCUUCAUCGAUAUGUGUUGCAUUUUAUGGAACAGCCAGUGUCCUAAUGAGAGGGGUAAUUGCGUUUUAUACGACAAUGAAAGUUUCACUAAAAUGUUCCAUGGAAUCAACGGAUUCUUCCAAAUAUUCGCUAUCGUGUUUGCUCUAAUAUGUUACUUUUUAUCAAAAAAAGUUCAACUUCCUGAAGAAAUCAUUAUGCGAGAAAUAGAGGAACAAGAGCUCCAGGAACUUCGGCGAAGUCAACGAUAA